AUUGCCUUUAAGGAAUUGUUAGUGAGAGUGUUACUUUCAGCAGCUCAUUGAAAUAUCUUAAAAAGAGUAUAAAGAGUAUUUGCAAGUUGCUCGUCUGUCCUCAAGUCAAAGUGCUUAUCGUCGGUGAAUCUGACGUAGUAUUUCAUCAUCGUUUACGAGGGAUUUUUUGUUACAACCGUGUAGAUAUUAUACAAUUAUUAUAAACCAACUAGACAUGGCAGCUCUGAGAACUCGAGGACUGUUGCAGCAACUCACAAAUGGCACACAAUUAAAGUUUACCAAGCGUCUUGCAUCAAGUUCAGUGAGCUCGCUAAAGACGCUUACCAAACAUUACGAUGAGAUAAAAAUCCCUGUACCUUGGGGCUUUGUGGCUGGCAAGUGGUAUGGACCAAAGCAUGUACGGCCGAUUGUGGGCAUGCAUGGCUGGCAGGAUAAUGCUGGUACAUUUGACACGCUUGCGCCGCUAUUGCCACCACAUUUGUCGUUUCUCAGCAUAGAUGCGCCAGGGCAUGGACUAUCCACAUGGCUGCCGGAUGCUGUGGUGUACCAUUCAAUAGAUUAUGUGCAGCUGCUGUUGCGUAUUAUGGAGGCAUACAAUUGGAGUAAAAUAUCUGUGAUUGGUCACUCUAUGAGCUCUAUAAACGGCUUUGUCUUUGGUUCGCUGUUUCCGGAAAAACUUGACAUGUUUAUUGGUCUUGAUGUACUAAAACCGCCCGUACGAAAUCCAAAACAAGUUGUGAAUACGCUCUCUGAGCGUCUAGCAAAUGGCAUGAAGAUAGAGCGCAGACUGCGUAGUGGCUCUGAGCCGCCAGCCUAUGAAUGGGAUCAGUUGGUAGAGCGCCUGCAUGAAGGCACCAACAAAUCCGUGGACAUGGAGGCCUGCAAAUAUUUGCUGCAACGCAAUUGCAAGCCUUCUACCCAUGAGCCACAUAAAUUCUACUUCUCUCGUGAUAUUCGUCUUAAAGCCUCUAUGAUCUAUACCCUUUCGCUUGACAUCGUGCUGGAGAUGGCCACACGCAUAAAGGCACCACAUUUAUUUAUUAAAGCGCUGCAGGCACCCUACUAUGAGGAUAAGAAAUACUACGAUGCCACACUGGAGGUAUUACGAAAGAAUCCAUUAUUCGAAUACUACGAAGUUGAGGGAACACAUCAUGUGCAUCUGAAUGAACCCGAAAAGGUGGCACACAUUAUAAACUCGUUUAUAAAUAAGUAUAGACCCGUGUAAGACGAUGUUUAAAAAGUUAAUAUGUACAAAUAAUGAUAUUUAACGAUAUUUUGUUGAAUAUUUUUCCCUUCCCUUAA